AAUUAGUGACUUUGCAAUUCCUUAUUUAAAGGGAGCUGGGGGGCAAUUGACACAAAACUCUCCUGCUACCUGCAGCCCAAAGACUGAAGCAGAGUAGUCUCAAGGAUCUCCAGUACCUCUACUCAGCAGAAUGAAAUACGCACAGUAUGUUUUCCUGGCCUCGCUCUUCUACACUGUUGAAUAUAGCCUAGCUCAGACCUGUGCAGUGGAGUCUUUCUCUGUGAAAGACAAUUUUGAUCCAAAAAGGUAUGCAGGGAAAUGGUAUGCCCUGGCCAAGAAGGAUCCAGAAGGCCUCUUCCUUCAGGACAACAUCUCUGCUGAGUACACUGUAGAGGAAGAUGGCACAAUGACAGCGUCCUCCAAAGGCCGAGUGAAGCUUUUUGGUUUCUGGGUGAUCUGUGCUGACAUGGCUGCUCAGUACACAGUACCUGACCCAACCACUCCAGCAAAAAUGUAUAUGACCUACCAGGGACUGGCCAGCUACCUCUCCAGUGGUGGGGACAACUACUGGGUGAUUGACACUGACUAUGACAACUAUGCCAUCACCUAUGCCUGCCGCAGCCUGAAGGAGGAUGGCUCCUGUGAUGAUGGCUACUCCCUGAUCUUCUCGCGCAACCCCCGCGGCCUCCCCCCAGCCAUCCAGCGCAUUGUGCGCCAGAAGCAGGAAGAAAUCUGCAUGUCUGGCCAGUUCCAGCCUGUGCUUCAGUCAGGGGCCUGCUAAAAGUAUGCUUCUGAUCCGAUCCUUAAGCACAGAAACCAGACCUGUUGGUCUUGAAGUUGCCACAGAAAUAAUAAUAUUUUAAAAAAAUCAUAGUAUGGAAUAGUGUGUUUUUCCUGAAAAACACAUGAAAAUAUUGGGGGAUCUUUAAACAGUGUGCAAUAUAAUAGUGAUAUUUGAAUUUUCAAGGGAAUACCUAAUGUGGCAUUUGUCAAUAAAUGUUUUUGAAAAAAAGGCUCUCUGGAACUGGUUUUUAUAGCCUGAUGUCCUGUCGUUGGGGAGUAGAAGGACAGAAGAUGCUUACUGAGGAGUGGUGAGAUAACAGCCAAGGGUGCUCCCAGCACAGGAGGGGCAGUGUCACUCCUCAGCACUGAACAGGGGGACAGGGCAAGGACCGUGAGAGGGGCGUAUCUCCUGACAGUGCUGAUUGUCACAUAAAAGCAUGGUGAUAAGAUAAGUCUGGGAUUCACCUAGAAAGCCAGCAAAUGAAGGCAGUAAGUCACAUCACUGAGAUGGCUCCAGCCAAAAACUGGACUUGAGAGCAUGUCUGAGGCAGAGCUACCUGCAGCAAAGUUCCCAAGGGGAGAACCACA